AUGCCACCCAAAACUAGCGGUAAAGCAGCUAAAAAGGCCGCCAAGACGUGGAAGAAGAAGCUCCAAGCACAACACAACAUAGCACUCCGAGAAGCGGUCAACGCACCGUGGUACGUGCCAAACCGAGUGCUAUACGAAGACCUGAGACAAGUGCCAGUGCUCGAAGUGAUGAAGACCAGAGCUCGGAAGUUCUUCAACAACGCCGAAGAACACGAGAACCAGCUCAUCAAGGCCGCCUUGGACUACGAUCCAAGGUUCAUACAUAGGCACAAAAGACCGAAGAGCCAGCUGCUAGAAGAUAUGGGACACAGCAGCUGA